ACAAAAUCGAUUUUAAACUAUCACUUGUUCUCCUUCCAUUGUCCAUUUCCAUUUCCCUUUCGAUAAACCACCACAUCCUCUGAAACCCUAGCCACGACAAUCGCCGCCUUUUCCUCCAUCUACUUGAUUAUCAGAUUUGAUGAAAACCGGAUCGGGUCUGCUUCUAGAUCCGUUCUAGGUUUUGGAUUUCCAACCGGUUUAUCAAUCAAUCAUCGUCAAUCCAGAUGCUCCCGAAAUUGGUGAUAGAUAGAGAUGUCUCUGUUUCUGAAAGACGACUCGAUUCAAAUUCGCGAAGUGUGGAAUGAUAACCUACAGGAGGAGAUGGAUCUGAUCCGAGAAGUGGUGGACGAUUUCCCUUACGUGGCCAUGGACACCGAGUUCCCAGGAAUCGUGGUCCGACCAGUGAUGGCCUUCAAAUCCAACGCCGAUUACCACUACGAGACCUUGAAGAUGAACGUGAACAUCCUCAAGAUAAUCCAGCUCGGCCUCACCUUCUCCAACGAACAAGGUAACCUCCCUACCUGUGGAACCGAGAAAUAUUGCAUCUGGCAAUUCAAUUUCCGAGAGUUCGAUGUCGAUUCAGAUAUCUACGCUCUCGACUCCAUCGACCUUCUUAAGCAAUCAGGCAUCGACUUUGCUAAAAACACUCAACAAGGAGUCGAUUCCAAGAGAUUCGCAGAGCUCUUAAUGUCCUCAGGGAUCGUGCUCAACGAGAACGUGCAUUGGGUCACGUUUCACAGUGGUUACGAUUUCGGCUACUUGCUCAAGCUCCUGACUUGCCAAAACCUGCCGAAUUCUCAAACGAGCUUCUUCGAGCUGAUCAAUGUUUAUUUCCCGACAGUGUACGACAUUAAACACCUGAUGAAGUUCUGUAACAGCCUCCACGGUGGUCUGAACAAGCUUGCGGAGCUCCUGGAGGUGGAGAGAGUUGGGAUCUGUCACCAAGCUGGUUCCGAUAGUUUACUCACGUCUUGUACUUUCAGAAAGCUUAAGGAGAAUUUCUUCGUUGGCCCUCUGCAGAAAUAUUCUGGUGUUUUGUAUGGAUUAGGUGUUGAAAAUGGCCAGGUUGCUAUCUAAACCCCCCCAAAAAAAUAAGAUAAAAAUUCCUUAAUACUA